CGGAGCGGGAGGGACUGAGCGAAGGAGUGAGCGGAGCGGCCGUCGCCCGAGCGGAGCUGAGCAGCCAGUCCGCCUGCCCGCCGCCCUCCAGCCCGCGCUCCAGUCCGCAGUGUCUAGCAGCGGGGCCCAGCAUGGUCAUGGCGGAUGGCCCGAGGCACUUGCAGCGCGGGCCGGUCCGGGUGGGGUUCUACGAAAUCGAGGGCACGCUGGGCAAAGGCAACUUCGCCGUGGUGAAGCUGGGGCGACACCGGAUCACCAGGACGGAGGUGGCGAUAAAAAUAAUAGAUAAAUCUCAGCUGGAUGCAGUGAACCUUGAGAAAAUCUACCGAGAAGUACAAAUAAUGAAAAUGUUAGACCACCCUCACAUAAUCAAACUUUAUCAGGUAAUGGAGACCAAAAGCAUGUUGUACCUUGUGACAGAAUAUGCCAAAAAUGGAGAAAUUUUUGACUACCUUGCUAAUCACGGCCGGUUAAAUGAGUCUGAGGCGAGGCGCAAAUUCUGGCAAAUCCUGUCUGCUGUUGAUUACUGUCACGGUCGGAAGAUUGUGCACCGUGACCUCAAGGCUGAAAAUCUCCUGCUGGAUAACAACAUGAAUAUCAAAAUAGCAGAUUUCGGUUUUGGAAAUUUCUUUAAAAGUGGUGAACUGCUGGCAACAUGGUGUGGCAGCCCCCCUUAUGCAGCCCCAGAAGUCUUUGAAGGGCAGCAGUAUGAAGGACCACAGCUGGAUAUUUGGAGCAUGGGAGUUGUUCUUUACGUCCUUGUCUGUGGAGCUCUACCUUUUGAUGGACCGACUCUUCCAAUUUUGAGGCAGAGAGUGUUAGAAGGAAGAUUCCGGAUUCCGUAUUUCAUGUCAGAAGAUUGUGAGCACCUUAUUCGAAGGAUGUUGGUCCUAGACCCGUCCAAACGGCUAACCAUAGCUCAAAUCAAGGAGCAUAAGUGGAUGCUCGUAGAAGUUCCUGUACAGAGACCUGUUCUCUAUCCACAAGGGCAAGAAAAUGAGCCAUCCAUUGGGGAGUUUAAUGAACAGGUUCUGCGAUUGAUGCACGGCCUUGGAAUAGAUCAACAGAAAACCAUUGAGGCUUUGCAGAACAAGAGCUAUAACCACUUUGCUGCCAUCUAUUACUUGUUGGUGGAGCGUCUGAAAUCACAUAGGAGCAGUUUUCCUGUGGAGCAGAGACUUGAUGCCCGCCAGCGUCGGCCUAGCACCAUCGCCGAACAAACAGUUGCCAAGACACAAACUGUGGGACUCCCAGUGACGGUGCAUUCACCAAACGUGCGAGUGAUGCGAUCUGCCCUCCUCCCGCAGGCAUCCAAUGUGGACGCCUUCACGUUUCCAGCAUCCGGCUGUCAGGCGGAAGCAGCAUUCAUGGAGGAAGAGUGUGUCGACACUCCAAAGGUAAAUGGCUGUCUCCUGGACCCUGUGCCUCCCGUCCUGGCGAGGAAGGGGUGCCAGUCACUGCCCAGCGACGUGAUGGAGACCUCCAUUGAUGAAGGGCUGGAGACAGAAGGAGAGGCCGAGGAAGACCCCGGGCGGGCCCUGGGCGCCUUGCAGUCCACACGCGGCGGGCAGAGGCGGCACACUCUGUCGGAAGUGACCAAUCAGCUGGCCGUGAUGCCUGGUUCAGGUACGCUUUCCAGGAAAAUUUUCUCCGUGCGUGACAACCCCUCCCUUGACAGUGUGGACUCAGAGUAUGAUAUGGGGUCUGUUCAGAGGGACCUGCACUUUCUUGAGGACAAGCCUUCCCUUAAGGACAUCAUGUUAGCCCAUCAGCCCUCACCCCGCAUGACGUCUCCCUUCGUGAGCCUGAGGCCUGCCAACCCCACCAUGCAGGCUCUGAGCUCCCAGAAACGAGAGGCCCACAACAGGUCUCCAGUGAGCUUCAGAGAGGGCCGCCGGGCGUCAGACACUUCCCUCACCCAAGGAAUUGUAGCAUUUAGACAACACCUUCAGAAUCUGGCUAGAACCAAAGGAAUCCUAGAGUUGAACAAGGUGCAGUUGCUCUAUGAGCAAAUAGGAUCAGAGGCAGACCCUAACCUGGCAUCACCUGCUCCUCAGCUCCAAGACCUGGGUAGCAGUUGCCCUCAGGAAGAAGCUCCUCCUCAGCAGAAGAGCGUGUCUGCGCUCCCGGGCAGCGCACACCCGCAGCUCUCCCAGCGGCACAGCCUGGAGGCCCAGUACCUGCAGCACAGACUCCAGAAGCCCAGCCUUCUGUCAAAAGCCCAGAACACCUGUCAGCUUUAUUGUAAAGAACCACCACGGAGCCUUGAACAGCAGCUGCAAGAACACAGACUCCAACAGAAGCGGCUCUUCCUCCAGAAACAGUCUCAGCUGCAGGCAUAUUUUAAUCAGAUGCAGAUAGCAGAGAGCUCGUACCCGCAGCCCCUUCCCCACCAGGAGACACCGCCGCCAUCCCAGCAGCCGCCGCCCUUCAGCCUGACCCAGCCCCUGAGCCCCGUCCUGGAGCCUGCCUCGGAGCAAAUGCAGUACAGCCCUUUCCUCAGCCAGUACCGGGAGAUGGGGCUGCAGCCGCUGUCCGCCUCGCCAGGUCCCCGGGCUGCUCCCCCGCCACCGCCACCGCCACCGCCGCACUCAGGGGCCGCCCGGGCACCCUUACCGUUCUCCUAUCAGACUUGCGAGCUGCCAGGCGCGGCCUCCGCCGAGCCAGACCGCCCCGCUCCCUGUCAGUACUCCCUGGACGGAGCCCAGCAGAGCGGCAUGGCGGCGCCGGGCUGUCCCAGGAGCUCAGGACUGCAGGAGGCCCCCUCCAGCUACGACCCUCUAGCGCUCUCGGAGUUCCCUGGACUCUUUGAUUGUGAAAUGCUGGAAGCCGUGGACCCACAGCACAGUGGCUACGUCCUGGUAAAUUAACCUCAGCGCAGGAAGUGAGGCGGGUCAGGUGAAGAGCGUGUGUGUUUCUAUUUUUAUUCCAGCCUUUUCAAUUUAAAACUUAUUUUCCCCCCCUCUCCCUGAUGGGGAAAAAGUCAAGUCACCCAACUGGAAUCAGAGGGCCUGGCCGGGUGGAUGUUGCUUCCUCCUGGCUCCGUCCCACCACGUUUUUCUGUGGCAAGUGCUGGAACAUAGUUGUAGGCUGCAGCUCGUGCCCUUAGGUCAAGUGGAGCAAACUCUCAUCAGAGGCAUCAACAAAAGUUUUAUAAGAAGAAGACAUCCAGACCUAGGUUUUAUACAGAACUACAUCAGUUCAUUAUCGAGGGAAACCUUGGCGAAAGCAGGAAAAAAUGUGUGCCGUUACAUAUAGGCAAAAAAAAAAAAAAAGGCAAUACAUUUUUCACUGAAACCAAGCAACAACAUGUUCCUUAAAGGCAAAUCAAGAAUACAUAAUGAAAUUUGAUGCACAGGAAAUAAAAGAAAGUUGUACUUUGUCAGUGAAUCAUAAGUUCUAAGCUGCUGAUGUAAUUUGUCCCCAAGCGGUAAGAGCGUGAGCUUUGUUUCAGGGUCCACUGAGUAACAGCGGGAACGCACCCCUGAGACUGGCAGUCACCUCCAUCUGAGAGUAGGUGACACACCUCUUCAGAAGGUGCCCUGGGUCACAGAGUGUCACAGUGUCCUCGGAGCUCCAAAGGUGUCACCUGUGGAACCAAGAGAUGCACCGCAGUGGAGACCAGGGGCAGGAAACUCAAGAAACCGUCAAGAGCAGCUGCCCUGGGCCGGGGAAGACGGGCUCUUCCUGCACAGUCUUCUGUGGAGACUUCUGGUUUGGGGCAGUUGGUCUUUAGAGGACCUAGCGUCUCUUUUAAAAUGUAAUAACUACUUUGACUUUACACUAGAUGUUGCUAGUCGUUUAUUGAGCUUUGUAUAUUUGGACAGUUUCAUAUAGGGCUUAGAAAUUUUAAGGACGAGAAAAAUGAACUUUUAUCUCCCAUGUGAAGUGGUAGUGCUGUGCCUUUUUCCCCCCAGAUCAUGCUUUAAUGAUUUCUUUUCUGUAGAAACCAACAGUUUUCCAUUUAUGUCGAUGCUAAAUCCAAAGUCACUUCAGAGUUUGUUUUCCACCAUGUGGGAAUCACAUCCUUAAUUUCCUUAGAGUUUUGACUUGCAAUGAAAUGUUCAAGUAUUACAGCAAUAUUCAAAAGACCACAGAUGUGUUAACCAUUUAAGCAGAUCGUCUGCCAAACACAGUGUAUAUUAUUAACCUUUACGAUCCAAUCAUCAGAAUAAGUAAAAAAGAUGCUACGGCUAGUUGACUGUAUACUUAGAAGUAAGGAGUAACCUGUCAUUUGGACAGUAACAUCCAAGUGUUACAAAUUCAGUGUUAUUUACAAAGUCUAUCGUUUCUGUCCUUUAGAAUGGCUUGUCCUAUCAGCAGAUGAAUGCGUUAAGCACAAAGCAUCUUCCUUAAAGCACAAAGAAGAGAGAUACUACACUGAUGCUGCAUCUAGAAAACACCUUUAAGUUGCCUUUCCUCUCUGUAGUACGUGUCCAGGCAGGUGGGGAGAAACAUGGAAGGUCUAGGAGUUCUGUCCUGGCUCCUCUUGGUGCCAGGACGCUCCACAGAGGCCCUCUGCUUGGGGUUGGACUCUGGGUGUGAGCAAGGAAGGGUGGUGUGGAGGACUCAUUUUUGUGAUUUGACAACACGCAGUGAAAACCCAGGAAGAAAGAAUUAGGUUCCUUCUGCGGAUUGUUUAUUCCUCCUCAUGCUUAAGUUUGAUGAUUUCGUGAAAUAGACAACAUCAUUUCAUUUAAGAGAUCCUUUCAUUAAGAUCUCUAAUCUGUUUUAAGUCUUUGCAAAAUAAGGCAGUUAUAAAACAGGGCUUGAUUUGUUUAGACUGAAGGAUGUAUUCCCAAAAUGUUCUACAGAAGCGCUAUAAUAUUUAUGAAAUUAAAAUGCCUUCCAGAUUGAAAACGGGGGCCGCUCAUUUCAGAGUCCCCGGAAUGGCAGAGUCAUAGAUCGGCAUAGAUGCCUGUCCCCCACAGGGCCAUGAGCCACUGAGCCCAGGAAAGCCGGGAGCUACGGCAGGACGACUGGGCUGACAGAUGAGGCAGGAGAGGCCCCGGGAGGGUCGAGGCCCCAGAGGUAGACACUGGGGAGCACCCAGCCGUGGCCGGGUCUGUGCAGACCGAAGACAGUGGGGUGAAUAGCAUGACCCAUCCUGCUGGACUAUGUUGUUAGCUCCUGUUUGCUUUUCUCAUUUAUUUCAAGCAGAAAUCAAUAAAUUCCAUAACAAUCUGUAUUUGCUGAAACGUAAGCUGGCGAGAGGAGACUGGUGUCGUCCGUCCGUCAGGUGUUUUCCCAGCCCCGUCUGACCAUCGCCGUUGCUCUGUCCCCCGACUAGUGAGCGAGCUGUGUGAGCCUCCAAGCAGUUUUCUCUUCACAGAUACUAAAGUAACACUACGAAGGCUUAGUACUAGAGGUACUUUGAAAUAAUGACUUUCUUUCCAGUCUGUUUCACGUUAGCAGUGUGUACACUACUGUAUAAUAACCAUUAGCUUUAUUAUCUUGUAAACCAGGCUCCUCUGAAGAGACUUUGGUGAGAUGAACGUGAGGUAAAAAUUUCAUUCAGCAAAAAGUGCAAUAUGUGUGGUACUCUAUUUUUUGUUUAUGCUUUUUUUUUUUUUUUUUUUUUUUUUAAAUCCAGGGGUAUUAGUCUCUGCUUUGGGGAAAAUGCACUAGCUCUGCAAUUUCCAGCCGGGCGAGUGUGUCUCUAGUAUUUCCAUGCAGCCGAUAUGCUGGUCCCUGUAAGGCAAACAGCACGUUAGCGCAGCAGAGGGUGGAUGUUCCACUUGAAACUGGUGAGCUGCGCAGACUGUCCCCCGCCCAGGACUGCCCCGCCCUCCUGCUGCCCCGCCCAGGCCUGCCC